GAAUCCCACGCAAUGUUAUUGAUUUUGGUACUUGAAAAUUGAUGGCUGAGAGCCAGGCCAGGAUGAAAGAAACUACUUUACGAACUCUCACUAUUUAAAUUACUAGUACAAAUAACUUUACACAUGGAUUCCAUUACUGAGGAUGACCAGACUCUCCCAAUUGAUUUUGACCAGACGAGCAACUUCACACAAUUUCUGCAUCAUAAUAAGAAGCUGGAAAGACAGGAUAGCAUGCAAAGUGAUUUAACUUUGUCAGAAACCAACAAUCCGUCUGUCAAAGAAAUUAAUUAUGAGGCAAAAAAAGAGAAAAAAAGAAGAAGUUAUUCAACUACUGAUCAACCUCCUGAGAGACCUUUAAGCCGUGGUGGUACAAUGAGAGAACAAGACAAUGUCAUCAGUGAGUUAAAAAAAGAAUGUUUUGGUUUAAAAAUGAGAAUCUACUACAUGGAGGAGAGGCUACAUGAUACAUUUGAUGCAAGUACAGAGGAUAUUAUUAAAAAGAACAUUGAAUUAAAAGUUAUGAUUGAGGAAUUAAAACAAGAAACAAGAGAUAAAAGUGAUUUACUAUCCAAAGCAUCAUUAGCAAUGGAGCAAAUGUCAUAUGAAAAAGAAAAUGACAUUAGGCAGCUACGGAAUGAAUAUUCUGGUGAAUUUAAUGAAACACAGGCAAAAUACGAAGAAAAAAUAAACAAAAGAAACAAGGAAAUAACAUACUUGAAAAAUGAAAUUGAAACUUUGAACAAGAAGCUACAAGCUGAACCCAAAGAUCUAGUUGAUGGACCAUUACAAGACAAAAUUAAUACCAUGGAGAAUGAUAUGUUGGUUAGGGACAAAGAAUUUAAAGAACUACAUGAGUUACUGCAAAAGAAGGACAGUGAUAUGGAGAUGUUGACGAAAAAAUUCAAAGAGGAGGAAAAAAUUUUAAACUCAAAGAUACAAGACUUAGAAAAGACAGUGGCAAACAAAGAAAGUAACUUGGAGAUGUUACGAAAAGAUGUUGAACGACUUGCUGGAAGUCCUGAACGAAAUAAUCAACACUACAAAAAACUUUAUGAAAGACAAGGUGAAGAACUGACGGAAAAAGAAAACACAGUUCACGACUUAAAAGCAGAUCUUGCAAACAAGACUCAUUUGGCAGAGACUUUGAAGGAACAAGUUUCAAAUUUAGAGAAAACUAACAAGAAUUUAAGAUCAAGUUUGCAUGAUAAAGAAAUGGAGACGCAAAGAUCUGUUGGAAAAUUACAGGAUCAAAUAAAAAAACUUGAAACAUGCAUGGCAGAAAAAAAUGCAGAAUUGGAAGCUAAAGAACAAGCAUUUACAAAGCUUAAACAAAAUAACUUGCAAGCCAACCAACAGAGAGUGCAGUUUGAACUGGAUUCCUUAAAAGAUAAAGAUGGUCAAAUUGUAGAGUUGAGUGUGCAGCUGAAACAACAGAGUUAUGAUGUGGAGAAGUUAAAGUUGCUUCUAGACGAAAAAGACAAAGAUGUAGUAUUCUUUGGAAAUAGUAAGUUAAAAGCGGAAACCGAACUUGAAAAAUGCAGAGAAGCUUUUACAGAGCAACUAAAGAAACUCAAAGAGGCUAAUGAAGAAAAAGAGAAUUCGAAACAAAAGAAAAUCACAGACCUUCAAGAACUUUGUCAUCAAUUACAAGAAAAUCUUCAAAAGCAAGUCAAUCAUAAAGACAAAGUCAUCAAGUAUUUAGCUGGUGCAAUUAGCGAAAAAGACAACAUGAUCCAGAACCUAGUUGAUUUAAGCAAUGACGAUGUUUUUGAGGAGAAGAAUCCCCUUAUUGAGAAGUUACAACAGAAGAUAAGAGAAAAGGAUAAACUUUUUGACAAAACUGUGGAAGAUCAUUACGCUGCUAUUCAAGCAAAAGAUGAUGAUAUAUCCAAGCUGAGACGUGAUGUGCGAGAAAAAGAGAAUGCAUUGGAGCAAAUCGAAGUGAAAUGUGCAGCAUUACAAGAACAGUUAAAAAUUGUGCAAACCUCAGAAGGUGAUGCAAAACAAUUAAUUGAAAAUUUGAAAGAUCUCCUUGAGAAAAGUUCAAAACAUGAAAGGGAACUAGAAUCUCGUUCGUGUGAAACUUUACAGGAAAAAGAUUCAGCUAUCUCAAGAUUAAGUUCCCUUUUAAACAUGAAAGGUCAAGAAAUAGAAAAUUUAACAUCAUACCUGACUGACACAUUGAAGCAAUCGGAUAGCCAGUCCCAUUCACCUGAUAGAAUGAAAGAAAUACAAGAAAAAGUAUAUAAUGAUGCAUCUUCCACUGAGGUUUUAUCUAAACUACAGGAAAAUAUGAUUACAGUUAGUAACCGAAAACAUCAGGAACUUUUAUCAUUAUUAAAAGACAAAGAGCAAGUUAUUACGGAUUUGAGAAAAAUGGUUACCGCAGCCCACGAUGAGAAGAAUGAAGUCUUGAAGGAAUUAAAUUUGCAAUUGAUAUCAGCAGAACAAGAGCUGAAGAGUGUAAACAAAGCUUUGCUACGAUUAAAAAAUUCUCAGGAGCUUGAAGCUGAUAUGUAUCAAGAAACUUUAAAUGAAAAAGACAGCAUAAUAGAAGCUUUGGUUAAAAACGGCCAGGAAAAAGAUCGGGUAAUAUCUGAGUUAAAAGACAGACAAGAUAUACCACGUAGUCCUAGUCCGAGUAAAAUGGCAGAAUUAACCAAAUUAAGACAAGCUGUCGACAUGUUAAAAGAAGACUCAACCAAGAAAGACAAUCAGCUUCAGGAAUUGCUUCAAAAGAAUGGUGCAUUAAAAGAGAAACUAUCUAGAAGGAACACUAUAGAUGUUUCAAAAAAGGAUGAGAAAAUCGACAAGAUGGAGAAAGAUAUUCAGCAACAAAACAAUAUUGUUAAAUCAUUAGAAGAUGAAAAGGAUAAGUUGCAGAAUGAGUUUGACAUGCUGUAUAGUGCAAAAGAACUUCUUCAUAGAGAACUAAAUGAACUUAAAAUUAAAGCCCAACAGGGUGGUUCUAAGCAAGAAUUGCUUGUUCAAGAACUUGAAGAGUUGAUACAAGCUACUGAAAAGGAGAAAGAGAAAUAUAAAGACUUUACUAAAAAGUUAAAAAAUAAUCAAGACCCUGAUAGUCGUCGAAAGCUUCUAGAAAAUGAGCUCUCUGAAGUGGAACAUCUACGAAAAAACCUGCAACAACUAUUACUAAGUUUAGUAAAGCGAAAUGCUAUAUCACAGAAUAAAGAUGGUGCUAUGAAACUAAAAGAAGAAAAUUUAAAACUACAGAACAAGCUGAGAGACCUGGAAAAAUUAAAUAAUUCAUUAACCAGUGGAAUAUCUUUUGAUAAACAAAGUGCACAGGUGAUCAAAGACUUAAAGAGAAGAUUUAAUAAAUCAGAAGAUGAAAAAAAAUCUUUACAAGAUGAUUUGAAGAGGUGUGAAGUUGAAGCAAGACAAUUAAAUGAAGAUUUAACAGCAAUGAAACUUGAAUACGAACAACUAGUGCAUGAUCGUGAUCAUGAAAUAUCAACAAUCACUACACGACUAAAUCAAUUAAAAGAUGGAAAUGAGAAUUUGAUACAAGAGAGGGAUAAAUGUAGAGAUGAGUUAAUUGACUGUCACAGAGAGCUUGAUUUAGUUAAACUACAGCUUCAAGAAAAGUCACAAGUGGAAAAGUCUAUGUUGCAGAAAAAUGAAACUAUUAAAAAAUUAGAGCAUGAUCUCAAAAAGAAAGACAAUGAUGUUAGAAAUAAACAGCAACUUAUCGAGACCCUGCAAAAAGAAAACAUGGAAAUUCGUUUUAAAUUAAACCAGGCCGAGCAAGACCUAGGCCAGCUAAAUGUCAACUUGGAGAAAAUGAUGCAUGACAUGAGUAAAGCAGAUGCUGACAUUGCAACAUUGGAGACGCAGCUAAAUGAGAAUGUUGGAAACAUGUCUGAUGAGAAGAAAUUAUUAAAGAAAGACAUGAAAGAGUUGUGUAAUAUAAACGAAAGAUUACGAAAUAAAGUCAAAGACGUUACCAAGGCUUAUGAAAAAGUUAAAACUGAAAGAGAACUUGAAAAAAAUGACCUAUUUGAGGAAUUGCAGAAAGCGAAAAAAACAAUACGUGGAUUAGAAGAAGAUAUAUUGAAUCGACAGAGGAAAAAUUCUAAGUUGGAAGAGGAAGUUGAAUUGCUUCAGGAAAAAACAGAAGGUUACUCGGCGUUAUCACAAAAACUACAUAACGUGGAAAAAGAAAAUGAUGAGUUGCAAAGAAGAAUUGAAGAGUAUGUUGAAGCUGAAGAAACACACAACAAAAUGGUACUUCCUGAAUUGGAAAGAUUACGUAGCGAUAUAAAAGUUUUAACCAAUGAAAAAAAUAACUUAAGAUCAAAGCAAGAGAAACAGCUUGAAAAAUAUGCAGCAAAUAAAAAGGUACAGGAAGAAAACACAUUACUCAAAGAAGAAAUCACAAAAUUACAAACGCAUCUCGAUUCUUUAAAUGUUGAAAUGAAAAGCAGUUGUAACAACGUACACAAACUUAAGAAUGAAUUAUUGGAUUUAAAAGAAAGUAAAAAACAAUUAGAAUCUCUUUUGAAGGAUUUGCAACAUGCGGAAAGUGAUGCGAAACAGAAAUUGUCAAUCACUAAAGAAGAAAACAUGGAGAAAGAAAAGAGAAUUGCACUGCUAACAUUUCAAAUAGAAAAACUUGAAAAACGAUUAGAAUCGGUUUCACCAAUACACACAAGCUCACAACAAAAUAUCGCUCUUUCGAGUGAUGCUUUCACACAGACCAUUCCUGAAAAACCAACGCAAAUGGACGAUAACUCAUUAAUCGCCAUGCAUAUAAAGGAAAUGCGAGAGCUGCGAAAACAACUUGAGGAGACAAUUCGUAAUAAUGAUGCUCUACGUCAUCAGUUAGAGGAGAGGUUAUCUCAAAUUGAGCAUGAUGCAACCAUGAUUAAUGAUCCGGAAUUGAGAGUUUCUUUGAUACGCGAUAAUGAUGCAAUGAGAAUAAAAUUAAAUGAACAUACUGCAGCACAGAAGCGAAUGAAGCAACACAUUGAUGAACUUAUGACAGAAAAAAACAAUGACAAAGAUACCAUUAAUUCUCUGCAUGUUCAAAUACACGAGUUGAAUGAGCUGGCUACUAAUUUGAAAACAGAAAUGGAAGCAUAUGAUCGUUUGGUUCGGCAACUUGGUAUAGAUAAAAAGAUUCGAAAUGCAACGCCGGGUUCAAAAGGACUUGAAGGUGAUGAUAGCAAACUAGACAAAAAUCUGUUAAAGGCUCUUCUUGAUGAAAUACGCUAUCUUCGAACACAGCUAAAACAGAGUAUGGAUGUUAACAAUGCCUUAAGACAAAAACUUGAACAAGAACUUGGACGCCCUGUGUCUCUAUCACCAUUACUUACUCCUCAAGUACAGUCCCUAUCAACGAAACGGAGUUUAUUUUCUACUGCAUUGAAAAAUUCUAUUGAUUCUACUGGAACAGAGGAGGAUAAGGAAAACAAUAGAAUGUCACAUAAUCAUGUAUCACCUUAUGAAACACCAACAAAAGAUUAUGAUACGUUCUCACAGAGAUCAGAUUGCAAAAUGAAACCAGCGGCAGAUAGAUGCUGCUUAUGUGGUAAAUUAACAGAUUAUUCUGCUAUGAAACGUACAUCACUACGAAGUAUAGAUCUUAUUGCAUCUAUUCAUAAAAAACUUUUAUCUUGCUGUCGAAAAAAAGAUUUUAGUAAGAUGGAUAGUGUAUUAAAAGAAAUAAGUCAAGCAUAUAAGUUAGUUAAAGAAUUCUCCAAGUUACUUAAAACAUUCGUGACGCAUGAAGAUAGUGAUCAUUAUCUACUAGCAGAGAAUGUUCGUUUAAAAGAUGACGUAAACCGUUUAAAAGCAAUGUUGACAUCCAAAGAGCGUUUUAUCAAGUCUACUUUGGAUAUGUUUGAUGAUCACGCAUUAUCUAAAGAUAACUUCGAAGAAUCUAUCACUAAACAACUGAUCAGAGCAAGGGAUACCUUAAAGGCUACUAAAGGAAAUCUUCAGCUUAAAGCGAGCCAAUCACAAGCCAAUUCAAGUGCUGAGUCAGCAUCUUUAUUGCAAAUAAACGGACUACAUGAAAAUGUUGAUGAUGAAAUUUAAUAUGCUUCAUAAUUUUUGAUUGUGAAUUUUCAUUUAUUUCUGUGACCGGUUUUUAUAAGUAAUGACUUACGUUCCUUGUGUGCCUUGUAUAUUUAACGUAAUCAGUGCUAAGCGUCAAGCUCUCCACGUAUCUUCUUUGUGAAGAUACAUGGAGAGCUGAGACAGAAUUUUUCUAAAUUUUUAAAAUAUGAGCAAAACACAAAUGUUUUAUGGUGUUUACCUAUUAUGUACCAUACUGUUCGGUAUAUAAUAAAUUAAAAAGGUUAUAUGACAUUUUAAUAUUUAGUAGCUACUUAUACAUUUUAUAUAUAGUUGUAAUCUUUAUAGUUUAUUUUUAAUCUUCGCUACUUUUGACUUACUUAAUGUAGAAUUAUUUAAAAAGAAAUAUCACAAUUAUGUUUUUCAGGUCUGUAAAAUAUUAUUUUUC